AUGACGGGGCGGUGGAAGGUGACAGCAGCCGCCACAGAACUUAUCACCAACACGCAGCUGGGCUCGGGUCUCAGCACGACCGGCUUCAUUGCGCCGACACACACGGGGGCCAGGCCCCGGCAACGUGGGAAGUCGGCAAGGAGGAGCCUGGACCCCACGUGGCGCGCAGGAAGCCCCCCGGACGAGAAGCCCCACGUGUGCGCAGAGUGUGGGAGAAGCUUCCUUCACCUCUCCUCCCUGCGGCGGCACGUGCGCACCCACUCUGGCGAGAGCCCCUACGCAUGCCAACGCUGUGGCAGCGCCUUCUGCCACCAGUCGUCCCUCAAGACCCACAUGAGGACCCACACGGGCGAGAAGCCAUUCACGUGUGGCCAGUGCGGGAAGCGCUUCAGCACACGCUCCUACCUGACCAUGCACGCGCAGAUCCACACGGGCGAGAAGCGCUUCGCCUGCGGUGUCUGCGGCAAAGCCUUCAGCAGGAGCUCCUACCUGCGCGUGCACCAGCGGACGCACACGGGCGAGAAGCGCUACGCGUGUGGGGCCUGCGGCCGUGUGUUUGCCCAUUCAUCCAACCUCCGGAGGCACGUGCGCACCCACACCGGUGAGAAGCGCUACCGCUGCGGCCGCUGCGGCAAGGCCUUCGUCCAGAGCUCCUCGCUGGUGGUGCAUAGCCGGACCCACACCGGUGAGAAACCCUACCCGUGUCCGCAGUGUGAGAGGGCCUUCAUCGACACUUCAUCCUUCCGGAAGCACGUGCGGACCCACGCCAGGGAGAAGUCUCACGCCUGUGUGCAGGUCGGCCAGACCUUCAGUCGUGGUGCGCCGCUUGCGGUGCACAAGCGAGUCCACGCCGAGGGAAACCCCCGGAACGCAGUGGAUCCGGAGAUGGUGAGCGCGGGGCCGUUCGAACGUAGGGCCCCCACCCUGAGGGACCGACGGCAGGACGAAGGGACCAGCCCCCGGGGUCUCGUCACGGACGGGCGGCCGGGGCCGGGGCGGAGGGGACGCCCGGAGCCUGACUCGAUUCUCUUUGAGGACGUGGCUGUGAACUUCACCUGGGACGAGUGGGCAUUGCUGGAUGCUGCUCAGAGGAAGCUGUACAAGGAUGUGAUGCUGGAAACCUUCUGGAACUUGGCUUCAGUGGGUAGUCGUGCUCGAACUAAACGCAGCAGACCAAGUCCUCGCCAGGACAGUUUUUGGAAUGAAAUCUCCAGUGAUAAGAAAAUAAAAAAUUUCAUAAAUGAUUCUUUGUCUGAUUUGGAAGAAAAAAAGAAACUUGGCAAUACUGAAGAUCAGCCCCAAAGCCAGAAGCAGCGUUCCAGGGAACGUGGGAGUGACUCCAGAGGACAGACCACCCCUGCUGCAUGCAAAGUGUGCGGGAAAACCUUUAAGCACUCCUCCUCCCUUAAAGUACAUUUAAGACGGCACAGUGGAGAGAAGCCUUAUGAAUGUAAGGAGUGUGGGAAAGCCUUCAGUUCUUACUCCUCCCUUCACGGACACGAGAAAACACACAGUGAACAGAAAACACAUGACUGUAAGCAGUGUGGCGUAAGUUUCACUUGUUCCAAAUCCUUGCAAACACAUAUGAAAACACACAAUGGAGAGAAGCCCAGUGAAUGUAAGCAGUGUGGCAAAGUCUUCACUUGUCCCAAAUACUUUCAGAAGCAUGUGAAAAUGCACACUAGAGAGAAACCCUAUGAAUGUAAACAGUGUGGGAAAGCCUUCAUGGUUCUCUCUUACCUUGAGAGCCACAUACGAAUGCACACUGGCGAGAAGCCCUUUGAAUGUACACAAUGUGGGAAAGCUUUCAGUUCACCCAGCUCCCUGCAAGCACAUAUGAAAACGCACUCUGAUAAGAAACCCUAUGAAUGUAACCAGUGUGGGAAAACCUUUAUGCAUUCGUCUUCCCUUAAACUGCACUUAAGACGGCACAGUGGAGAGAAGCCGUAUGAAUGUAAGGAGUGUGGGAAGGCCUUCAGUUGCCCCACAUACUUCCGAGAGCACGUGAGGAUGCACACUGGAGAGAAGCCCUAUGAGUGCAAGUACUGCUGGAGAGCCUUCAGUUUCUACUCAUCCCUUCAAGAACACGAGCGAACACACACUGGAGAGAAACCCUACAAAUGUAAGCAGUGCGGGAAAGCCUUCACCUGCUACUCCUCCCUCCACGGACACGAGAAGACACACAGUGAACAGAAACCUUACGAGUGUAAGCAGUGUGGCAAAGGUUUCAGGUGUCCCAAAUACUUCCGACAGCAUGUCAACAUGCACAGUGAAGAGAAACCCUAUGAAUGUGGUGUUGCCAACCAAGCCGCCUGCCAGCUCCGAAAGUGUGUAUUAGGGGCUGUAAUUAAAGAUCAGUUCCUGUACAUUCCAGACUGUCCCUUCCCGCUUCUGGGCCGUGAUCUCUUAAACAAGCUCCAAGUGCAGAUCACUUUCACAGACAAAGGGGAUCUGCAGCUAAAGUUACCUCUGGGUUCAUUCUUCCUCACCCUGUUAGUACCCUGA